AUGGCGGGUAAGCAGGUGGGCUGGCUCUCAGUUCUUAUACCCUUCCUGAACGUGCCCAACAGUUCCUGGCACAAAGUUCUGAAGGAUACCCCAGGAAUCAGCUUGGCCCAGCUCCUCCUUCCCUUUCCUACAGGUGCCCUGCAUGAGAUCCUGAGAGAUCUAAAACCCCCUCUGCCCCAGAGGGCUUUGGCUCCGUUAGGACUGGAGAAGCAUCCCGCCUAUCACCACCGAGCACAGCUGAUAUCAGGGAGGCCCCCGGAGUACAGGAAACUGGGGCCCAGGGAAAGCUCUGUUGAAAAAGGCCCCAGAGGCAACAGCAAACCAAGACAGCAACAAAGCAGUGCAGAAUUUGUGAGCCAUGCAAAUGAGCUGCAGAGUGAGGACUUUCUAGACCAUGCCAAGUUUCUGGACCAACCUCUUCCAGUCAGUGGAGUGCCUGUUAGUGCAGGCUGUGGUGUAAAGAGGGCUAAGUCUAAGAACCAUACCACCCACAACCAAUCAAGAAAAUGGCAGAGAAAUGGCAUCAAGAAACCUAGGUCACAGAGAUACGAGUCUCAGAUGCACUUUGCCAAGAAACACAACAAGAAGGGACUGAAGAAGAUGCAGGCCAACAAUGCCAAAGUCAUCAAGGCCCUGGGCACCAAGGCCUCCAAGGCCAAGCUCCUCAGGCCCAAGAUACCCAAGAUCCCCAAGGCCAGUGCCCGGCAUGCUGGCCUCAAGAGGGCCACCAAGCGUCCAGGCCCUAGGGUCAGCAUCAAACACCCAGGCCCCAAGAUCACAAAGACUGAUUCUAAGGUUGCCAGAACCACUGACCCCAAGGCCGCCAAGCCUAUUGACCCCAAGGCCACCAAGUCUGACACCCAGGUCACAAAGUCUACCGCCAAAGCAGCCAAGUCAGAUCCCAAGACAAUAAGUCUGAUCCCAAGGCAGCCAAAGUCCAGUGAUUCCAAGGCUGCUAAGCCUGCUGAGUCCAAACCCAAAAAUGCUGGGGCUAAAGCUGCAAGUCCCAAGCCUUCAAAAUAG